UGGCCUCGAACUCGCAGUGAUCCUUCUGUCUCAGCCUCCUGAAUGGUGGUAUUACAGGCAUGCGCCGAACCCCAUUUUUAAUGAGCCAUUUAUACUGGUUUUCUAGAGUCCUUUUGAGUGGUCCUCAAUUCCUUCCUGUAUGCUAACUUUAGAAUUUCCCACACAUAAAACAUGAACGCCCCCACAUUCUCCAGCCUAGGUAACAGUCUGUGACAACACCCUGUCUAGUCACAACCCCGCCCCCGCGUACGUCACAGUGUCCCCAGCGUUCCUAGUUGGCCCAGCGGCGGGACUUCCCUCCCAGCAGUAGGCGGAGGGGCACGCUCCUUGCGCGGGCAAUGAGCGACUGGAAGACCUUCAUCAGCGCGGUGCUGCGGGACCAGCGCAUUGACGACGUGGCCAUCGUGGGCCACUCGGACAAUCGCUGUGUGUGGGCAUCGCGGCCUGGGGGCCUGCUGGCUGCCAUCUCCCCGCAGGAAGUGGCCGUGCUCGCGGGGCCGGACCGGCACACUUUCCUGCAGACUGGCCUGAGCUUGGCGGGCCGCCGCUGCUGUGUCAUUCGUGACUACCUACUGGCCGAGGGCGAUGGCGUGCUGGACGCGCGCACCAAGGGCCUGGACGGGCGCGCCAUCUGUGUCGGCCGCACGCCGCGCGCUCUCCUCGUGCUCAUGGGUCGGCGCGGCGUGCACGGGGGCAUGCUCAAUAAGAAGAUGCACGAGUUGCUCUGCCAGCUGUGCAUGGAGGGCAUGUAGCGUGACAGUUAGGCCACCCACGGUGGCAGCGAGACCAGAAUAAACUGUGAAUUGGG